AUGGAUGAAAGUGAAAGUAAACGUGUUAAAGAAAGCGACGGUAAUAAAAAAAGAAAUAAACCUAAUAUAAUAUCUAAAAUUUUUAUAUGUUGGGUCUGCCCCAUAUUUUAUAAAGGAAACAAAAGAGAUGUGGAAGAAACUGAUCUUAUUGUUCCUACAAAGCAAUAUGAUUCUGAAAAACUUGGUGACAAAUUUGAAAGAUAUUGGUUAGAAGAAUAUAGCAGAGCUCUACGCGAAAAUCGGAAUCCAUCAUUAAUGAAAGCAAUGGUAAAGGCGUAUUGGGUAGCGUAUCUCCCUGGUGGUGCUUUACUUCUAAUAAACGCUACGGCAAGGACUAUUCAACCCUUAUUAUUUGCCAACCUUCUGUCCUACUGGUCUGCUAACGCCAGCGAGUCCAUAACGAGACAAGAAGCUGGAUAUUAUGCGAUCGGAAUGUUAGCCCUAAGUUUUGUUGCCCUCAUGACUCAACAUCAUAACAGUUUGUUUGUUAAUCGCUUUAGCUUGAAAAUGAAGGUUGCAACUUCAUCUCUUAUAUAUAGGAAGAUACUACGAAUGAGCCAGACGGCUGUCAACGAAGUAGCGGCAGGAAAGGUAGUGAACCUCCUGUCUAAUGAUAUAGCUCGCUUCGAUUCGGCCAUAAUGUUCCUGCAUUAUUUGUGGUUGGUGCCGUUACAGUUGGCAAUAGUUAUGUAUUUCCUGUAUGAAGCCGGGGGCUACGCUCCCUUUGUUGGUCUUUUCGGCGUAGUUCUUUUUAUUCUUCCUGUGCAAGCGGCCUUGACAAAGUUUACGGCAGUAAUUAGAAGAAGAGUGGCUCAGAGAACUGACAAGCGAAUAAAGUUAAUGGGAGAAAUUAUUAACGGGAUACAAGUUAUUAAAAUGUACGCUUGGGAGAAAUCGUUCCAGCACGUAGUAGAAGUAGCUCGCGCGUUUGAACUAAAGGCUCUCAAAAAGUCUAUUUUCGUGCGAAGUGUGUUCUUGGGAUUUAUGAUGUUUGCAGAACGUAGUACAUUGUUCAUCACAUCUUUGACUAUUAUUUUAUCUGGAGCAAUGCUAACAGCAAAUACGAUAUACCCCAUUAAAGUUUUUAUCGGCAUUGUGCAAAUGAAUUUGACCUUUAUUUUACCGCUUGCGAUAGCAAGCCUUUCAGAAUUAAAAGUAUCUUUAACACGUAUACAAAGUGUCCUCAUAAUGGAUGAAAGAGAAGAUUUGGCAGUAUUAUCGAAAAGUGUAAAAUCGAUUAUUCCUGUCACUUUUAAUGGGAAAUCGCCGGCUCUAGACUCUAAUACAAUAGUAGCGCGAAAAUACUCUAUUACAGAGAAGAUCCGGCCCCCCAUUGAAACUCCUGGUUUACCAAUAUCAGAUCGUAUAAUCCAGUUAUCGUCUGUAAGCGCUUCCUGGGAUGCUACUAAAAACCCGGAAGAAAUGACUUUAAAGAAUAUUAAUGUGUACCUAAAGAAAGGAAAACUUUGUGCUGUCGUGGGACCCGUUGGUUCCGGGAAAUCUUCACUGUUACAAGUUUUACUUCGGGAACUCCCAGUCAGCUCCGGUAAUUUGAGUGUCAAAGGUAGUUUAUCCUACGCAUGUCAAGAGUCGUGGCUGUUCCCAGCGACGGUGCGGGAAAAUAUUUUGUUUGGAUUACCGUAUGAUGUUGCUCGAUAUAAGGAGGUGUGUCGAGUGUGCUCGCUAGUACCAGAUUUUAAGCAGUUUCCAUACGGCGACCUGUCGUUAGUGGGAGAAAGGGGUGUAUCACUAUCGGGUGGGCAGAGGGCCAGGAUUAACUUAGCGAGAGCAAUAUAUAGAGAAGCCGACAUAUAUUUAUUAGAUGAUCCAUUAUCAGCUGUCGAUGCUAACGUUGGCCGUCAGUUAUUCGAAGGAUGUAUACAAACGUACUUGAGCGGACGAACACGCAUUUUAGUUACGCAUCAAGUACAUUUCCUGAAGGCCGCAGACUUUAUUAUAGUUUUGAAUGAGGGUUCGAUUAAAAAUAUGGGUUCGUAUGAGGACUUAUUUCAAACAGAGAUAGAGUUUUCUUCUUUGUUAAUGGAUAAAAAAGAGGUCGAUGAUGAAGGAAAUGUCCUAAAAGACGGUAGACCGGUGUUACAGCACGGUAUGUCACGCAUAUCUAUUAAAAGUGAAGAUAAUCCCAAAAAGAAAGAAAUAGAACAAGUAUUACAAGCUGAAGAGCGAGCCAAAGGGAACCUCAAAUGGGCAGUGAUACAAUACUAUCUCCAAUCUGUCCAGUCGUGGUUCGUCUUACUUAUGGCAUUUUUCAGUAUAUUACUAACACAGGCUGGAGCAACGUUUUCAGACUAUUGGCUUAGUUAUUGGACAAAUGAAGUAGAUGAGUAUGAAUCAUCAUUACCUAUAGGAGAAGAGUCUGAUCCCAGCCUAGGUACACGAGUAGGCCCUCUAACGACUGGUCAAUAUCUCUUGAUAUAUGGAGGAGCGAUUUUGUUCAUAAUAAUCAUGACACAAGUUAGAAUAGUGGCCUUCGUAAUAAUGACGAUGCGCGCUUCCCAAAACCUACAUAAUGUAAUGUUCAAGAAUUUGCUUGCUGCUGUAAUGAGGUUUUUUGACAGAAACUCUUCAGGUCGUGUUCUGAAUAGAUUCUCAAAAGACAUGGGAUCUCUGGACGAACUUUUACCUCGUAGCAUGCUAGAAACCAUUCAAAUGUAUCUGUUCGUUUUAAGCGUGCUUGUUUUGAAUGCUUUGGCUCUUCCCUGGACGCUCAUCCCGACUGCUAUACUGUUGGUUAUAUUUAUAAUUUUAUUAAAAUGGUACUUGAAUGCUGCUCAAGCUGUGAAAAGAUUGGAGAGUACAACUAAAAGUCCGGUGUUCGGUAUGAUAAAUUCAACAAUAUCUGGACUAUCGACUAUCAGAAGCGCAGAUUCACAGCAAAGGUUACUGCGUACGUUUGACGCCGUUCAGGAUGUCAACUCCAGUGCGUCCUACACAUUUUUGGGAGGAUCGAGUGCCUUUUCUUUAAUUUUAGAUAUGUUAUGUCUAAUCUAUCUUGGAUUUAUACUAGCUAUUUUUCUUUUAAUUGAUUUUGGAUCGGCACUAGAAGUAGGCAGCGUUGGACUGGCGGUGAGUCAGUCUAUGUCACUGACAAUGAUGUUGCAAAUGGCAGCGCGUGUGACCGCCGACCUUCUCGCGCACAUGACGUCAGUAGAACGCGUGCUUGAAUACUCGCAGCUCCCCGCCGAAGAGAACAUGGAAGAUGGACCGACCCGUCCCCCACAAAAUUGGCCGUCGAAUGGACAAAUUCAAUUUGAAAAUGUCAGCUUAAAAUAUGGAGUAGAGGACCCACCUGUUCUUACAGAUUUGAAUUUCACUAUAAAUAGUGGCUGGAAGGUAGGUAUUGUGGGUAGAACGGGUGCUGGCAAGUCAUCGUUAAUAUCAGCGUUGUUCCGACUCUCGAACAUCGAAGGAAGUAUUGAAAUCGACGGCAUCGAUACCUGCGGAAUACCCAAAACGGUCUUGAGGACAAACAUAUCUAUCAUACCACAGGAGCCAGUCUUGUUUUCUGCAACAUUGCGUUACAACCUCGAUCCGUUCAAUCACUUUAGUGACGAUGAUAUUUGGAAGGCUCUAGAACAAGUGGAGCUAAAAGAUACGAUACCAGCGCUCGAUUACAUGAUAACAGAGGGUGGCACGAACUUCUCGGUGGGGCAGCGUCAGCUCGUGUGCCUCGCGCGCGCCAUCUUGCGCUCCAAUAAAAUACUCGUUAUGGAUGAAGCAACCGCUAAUGUUGACCCUCAAACGGAUGCUCUUAUCCAGCAGACGAUUAGACAUCAGUUUGCCGAUUGCACGGUACUAACGAUUGCACAUCGCCUUAAUACUAUCAUGGACUCUGACCGCAUCCUCGUGAUGGACGGCGGUCGUGUCGCGGAGUUUGAUCAUCCUCACUUAUUGCUCUCUAAUCCAAAUAGCUUACUCAACUUUAUGGUCAAGGAAACUGGAGAAAGUAUGAGUAGCCAAUUGUAUGAAAUUGCUAAACAAAAGUAUUCAGCAGCAACAAAU